CGACCGGGCCGCCGCCAGGGGGCGCUGCGGGCACCGCGCGGGCUUCCCGCCCUCGCCGGCGGCCACACGUGACUGCGGCACACGUGACGACACGAGGCACGUGACUUCCCCGCACCACGUGACGCAGGCCGGGAGAGCGGCGGAGCGGGACGGGAGCGGUGCAGCCAUGGUGUCCAAAAAGCAGCUGGCAGACUUUGGCUACAAGGCCUUCUCAGGCUCCAUGAUGCUGCUGACGGUGUACGCUGGCUACCUGUGCAGUGUCCGUGUGCAGAGGAUGCUCCAGCACCGCCGCCAGCGGGAGAACACGCCGGGGCCUGGGAGCUGAGCCCGUGCUGGGACUGCCCCGGGAGCUGGGACCAGCCCAGGAGCUGGGACUGCCCUGGGACCUUCCCCGUUCCCCCUGGGCUGGGGGAGGCAGAUGGAGUGCAAUAAAACCUGUGUCAAAGUG